AGGUGAAAAAAGCACCCCCCCAUUGAACUCAUAUUAGGCAGCCGCAUCCUCGUAGUGAUACUGUGGCUUUUUCACUUUGAGUAAAUAAUGUUGAGUAAUGCUAGUGUCUUUGUCAAGUCAAAUAGCUCUCCCCCUACUUUCUUUCUGAAUUCCCUCCCCUCCACCAAAAAUUCUCUUUCCCUUUUUUCUCUGAGUUUCUAACAUUCCUCUCUCUUACUCGUCCCCCCUGUCAUCUCCCCCACUCCUCUCAUUCCGUGGCUGGGCCAGUCAGGCCUGGGGCAGUGUUGCAGAGAGAGCAGUCCCAGUCAUCUCAGCUUCUCUCCGGGCGAGAGGAGGACUUUAUCUACACAGCAGGCAGACACACUGUCAGAGCUGGGAGCAGCUCACACACACAUCUAAAAAUGCACAAGGGUUGACAUGCACACACUCACUUCAGCAUCUAACAAAGCAGCUGACCUUACAACAAAGCAGCACAAAAGGAAAGGAGACAGCAUUGAGUCAGAGGAGAACACUGAGAACUCCGCUGGACAAAGUCCACAGGACAGGAGAGCAGGGACGAGUGAAGAGGACAAUUACGCAGUACAGAGAGGACAAUUUAUUACAGACAGACAGCAGAGGAGUGCAGACAGUGUAUGAUCCACACUCGAUCAGGACUACGAGUCCAGUAAGAACCAGAGAAUGGAGACUUCACUGACAGACCCAUGGAUACAGAGUCCUGGAGAUGCUACUCUGAGGUGCCUGUGUUGAUCUCUCUGCCUACGUCUGUCUCUCUCCCUCAAGCCUCCUCACUGCAGCAUUCAAGAUAACCACAGUAUUCCUCCGCCAUGCCCCUAUUCAGCUGGAUGAAAUGGUUGCGUGCUGAAGGAGAACAGGCUCAAGAUGAGGGGACGUCUGCUAAGUCCACAGGGGUAUUACCCAGCUGCACACUGAUCAGGGAGCUGCUGUGGCACGUGGAGGAGAGGGAGCGCCUGGCACGGGAGGUGGAGCGGGAACACAGGUUGGCCCACAACACCGUGGGAUACCCCCACUGGCUCCAGAGCUACCCAAGGUUACGUACGCUGAUCCCCGCAUCGGAGCGUCACCAGUUAGAGCGUUUGUGUGCCCAGAUCCAGCCCAUACACACCGCCACGGUGCUCUCCAGGUUCCGCGAGGUGCUGGCCAGCAACAACAUCCUGCCCUGGGAGCUGGUGUACGUCUUCAAGCAGGUGCUGAGAGACUUCCUCAACAAAGAGGAAGGGGAAGAAGAGGAGGAGCAUCUGCCACAGCCAGCACUGCUUGGGCCAAUGGAGGCCUGGACCAACCAAUACCAAAUGAAGCAGGGCUUUGUCACACCCACCGUGCCGGACUGUGGUGAGCCCCCGAGAGAGGAGAUCCCAACCAUCUCUGGAUAUGUGGACCGUACUAUGAGAGGCUCUAGUCCUUUCACUGCCCAUAGGGACUGGGACCUUCCCUACUACUACCACCACCCAAUGCCACACAACUCCACAGAGGCCUACAGCACCAUGCUGUGAGAGGAGGCAGGGUGGUAAAGUUGUCCCCAACUCAUGACCAUGCUUACCUUCUAUCCUUGUUAUGUCAUGCCUGAAAGAGUUGUAAUCCCCCCCGAAAAAAUUUGCAUAAAAUGUGUUGGAUUUAUUCAUUUGAAUGUAUGAACUGCAACACAAUCUUGCACAGGACAAACACUUGGGGGCAGAUUCAGACAUGCAACAAUGUAUACUGCCAUCUACCUGAACUAGGGAUGCAUCUCAAUACUAGCUACUACAAUAGGCUAGUCUACUAGCUAGCCUACUUCAUUUGCACUGACAAGUCAACCGUGCUUAGACAUUUUGGCACCUGGCUACAGAGUACCACAGUAUGAGUCAUAAUACCCAUAAAACAUACCGGUCAAACAAGGAAAUGUUCCAAUCGUUUUUCCACCAUUCAUUUUUCCCCAUAGGGGAUUUUAGAAACACUUAAGAUAAGGGCUGUGUUUUGUGAAGGCUUAUUCUGGCGUAACAAUAAUUCAUGCACCUGACAGGUGUGGCAUAUCAAGAAACUGAUUAAACAGCAUGAUUAUUACACAGGUGCCCCUUGUGCUGGGGACAAUAAAAACUUAAAACGUGCAGUUUUGUCACAACACCACAGAUAUCUGAAGUUUAGAGGGGGCGUGCAAAUCGGCACGCUGACUGCAGGAUGUCCACCAGAGCUGUUGACAGUUCAUUUAAUGUUAAUUUCUCUACCAU